AUGCACCGGCGGCACACCACCCUUCGCGAGAAGGGGCGUCGGCAGGCCAUCCGCGGCCCCGCCUACAUGUUCAACGAGCGCGGCACCAGCCUGUCGGCCGAGGAGGAGCGCUUCCUGGACGCCGCCGAGUACGGCAACAUCCCCGUGGUGCGCAAGAUGCUGGAGGAGUCCAAGACGCUCAACGUCAACUGCGUGGACUACAUGGGCCAGAAUGCACUGCAGCUGGCCGUGGGCAACGAGCACCUGGAGGUGACGGAGCUCCUGCUGAAGAAGGAAGGCCUGGCGCGGAUCGGGGACGCGCUGCUCUUGGCGAUCAGUAAAGGUUACGUGCGGAUCGUGGAGGCCAUCUUGGCUCAUCCUUUAUUGGCGGGCGGCCUGCGUCUGACGUUGAGCCCCCUGGAACAGGAGCUGCGGGAUGACGACUUUUACGCCUAUGAUGAGGACGGCACGCGCUUCUCGCACGACGUCACACCCGUCAUCCUGGCUGCCCACUGCCAAGAGUACGAGAUCGUACACACACUGCUACUGAAGGGUGCCCGUAUUGAGCGGCCUCACGACUACUUCUGCAAGUGUGGCGAGUGUGCAGAGAAGCAGCGGAGAGAUUCGUUCAGUCACUCCCGCUCCAGGAUGAACGCCUACAAGGGUCUGGCUAGCGCGGCCUACCUGUCUCUCUCCAGCGAGGACCCCGUGCUCACAGCUCUGGAGCUUAGUAAUGAACUGGCCAGACUGGCAAACAUCGAGACCGAGUUUAAGAAUGAGUACCGUAAGUUGUCCAUGCAGUGCAAGGACUUUGUGGUGGGGGUGCUGGAUCUGUGCAGAGACACGGAGGAGGUGGAGGCCAUCUUGAAUGGCGAUGUGGACCAGGUGCCGCCCAGCGACCACGCCCAGAGACCCUGCCUCAGCAGAGUCAAGCUCGCCAUCAAAUACGAAGUCAAGAAGUUUGUGGCGCACCCUAACUGCCAGCAGCAGCUGUUAACCAUCUGGUAUGAGAACCUGUCUGGACUGAGGCAGCAGUCUGUGGGGGUCAAGUGCUGGACGGUGCUGGGAGUCACCGUGGGCCUACCCUUCCUCGCCAUGGCUUACUGGACCAUGCCCUGCAGCAAGAUCGGCCAGAUCCUGCGCAGUCCCUUCAUGAAGUUCGUGGCGCACGCCGUCUCCUUCACCAUCUUCCUGGGGCUGCUGGUGCUGAACGCCUCCGACCGCUUCGAGGGCGUCAAGAACCUGCCCAACGAGACCAUUACCGACCACCCGCGACAGGUCUUCAGACUCAAGACAACUCAGUUCUCCUGGACGGAGCUGCUCAUCAUGAAUUGGGUUCUGGGUAUGAUCUGGUCGGAGUGUAAGGAGAUCUGGUGUGACGGGCCGCGGGAGUACGUCAUGCACCUGUGGAACGUGCUGGACUUCGGCAUGCUGUCCAUCUUCGUGGCCUCCUUCACGGCGCGCUUCAUGGCCUUCCUCCAGGCCUCCAAGGCACAGCUCUACGUGGACCUGCACGUGCCUAACGCCGACCUGUGCAAUGCCUCGCUACCCGCAGACAUAGCAUACUUCACAUACGCCAGGAUCAAAUGGCGUCCGUCAGACCCCCAGAUCAUCUCCGAGGGGCUGUACGCCAUCGCGGUGGUCCUGAGCUUCUCCAGAAUAGCCUACAUCCUCCCCGCCAACGAGAGCUUCGGGCCUCUGCAGAUCUCGCUGGGCCGCACGGUGAAGGACAUCUUCAAGUUCAUGGUCAUCUUCAUCAUGGUCUUCGUGGCCUUCAUGAUCGGCAUGUUCAAUCUCUACUCCUACUACCUGGGGGCCAAGUACAACCCCGCCUUCACCACAGUGGAGGAGAGCUUUAAGACGCUCUUCUGGUCCAUCUUCGGGCUGUCGGAGGUGAUCUCAGUGGUGCUGAAGUACGACCACAAGUUUAUAGAGAACAUCGGCUACGUGCUGUACGGGGUCUACAACGUCACCAUGGUGGUGGUGCUGCUCAACAUGCUCAUCGCCAUGAUCAACAACUCAUACCAGGAGAUAGAGGAAGAUGCGGAUGUGGAGUGGAAGUUUGCACGGGCCAAGCUGUGGCUGUCCUACUUCGACGAGGGCCGCACGCUGCCGGCCCCCUUCAACAUGGUGCCCAGCCCCAAGUCCUUCUACUACCUGGCCCUCCGCACCAAGAACUGCCUGGUCCGCCUCUGCAAGGCCAAAGGUCAUCGCCAUGACAGCGAGCUGGAGAUGGGCAUGCUCAACUCGCGCGCAAAGCCGGAGCGGUUCCGCACGUAUCCUCGAACGCGCGAGGAGUACACGGUGAAGAAACCCAUCAAGAACCCCACACGCUAUCAGAAAAUCAUGAAGCGGCUCAUUAAGCGUUAUGUUCUGAAAGCUCAGGUAGACAGGGAGAACGACGAAGUCAAUGAAGGCGAGUUGAAGGAGAUCAAGCAGGACAUCUCCAGCCUGCGCUACGAGCUCCUGGAGGAGAAGUCUCAGGCCACCGGCCAGCUGGCCGAACUCAUCCACCAACUCAGCGACAAGAUCGGACAGAACACCAUCAAGCUGCCCUGA